CCAACCGCGACAGGACAGCCAGUCACUCACCCAUUCUCGGGCACCUGGGCUGGGGGAAUGAGCAGACCACAUGAGGAUGGUAAGCGUCCCAUGACUUCAAUCACCCUCCGCUCGUCACUCUACACCCCCUUCGGCCCGCAUCGCAUUGUUUGUUCGUCGCUGCAAAAUACCGUCAAUGUAAACCAAAGGCUCCAUGUUCCCCUCGCUCACAACCCAGCUUCUCUGCGCUGCUCGAACCCGCGCUGCUCUCCAAUCGAAGACUCGAAAGCCCCCCAGCAAUCCAGCCUCCGCUUUGCUGCCGAAAGCAAUGUCUCUCUCCCCAAGAACAAAAGCACGAGUAAUCUGCUCUCCCAGAGAGACCCGCCGCUCGCUGUCAAUACAAAGCGCAUGAGCAUUGAUGCCGGUCAGUUGGACCGUAUGGCGAGAUCACCUAUCAUGCCUGAGCACGAACACGGUCUGGGCGCAUCCGGUUUGCGCCGAAUCCGCCAACAACCAGGUCCCCGCCUGUCCAUGUCUUCUACCCAGCGAGCUACCUCUUUGAACAUCUCCCCUCCAGUCUCGAGGCACCCCUCCGGGAGUGCCCCGACCGCCCCGGCCUCUCCCACCUUUGCCUUCGGCGAAGAUCUCACGCGGUUUCCCUCCGAAUCCCUACACUCGUUCUCGUUCGCUACACAGUCCGAGGAGUUCAUACACAACCGCCAAAACAUCUUGAAGCGGUCCAUAGACUUUAUGCAGAACAAACUCGGCUGGGCUGCUGCAAACCCCAGCAUUGCCAAUGCGCAAGCAAAGCUGAGUGGUGAUCAAGACGUUCAGAGCAUGAUGGAGCUGCUCACUCGAGCAAAUCUGAUUGGCAAUGAAGCAACGGGGGCACAUGGACUUGGAGGUCUUGGUCCCCUGACUGGCCCUGCCGAAGUGGAUGGCGAGAAUCUGUUCGAUAAGAGCUUCUUCCCUGUCGAGAGGUCCGCGAGCCCAGACAGUAUGCAGGUUCUGCCGACAAAGAUGCCUGCACAACAGACGCCCUCGGAGAAUAGCCACGAUGGCAGUAUAGCAAAUGAAAACGACAAAAGAAGCAACCCAGUCUCCGAUAUCGCCUCAGAUAGCUCUGCCACAACGACAACCGGAGCUUCGUCACCACUACCCCAACGGCCCCAACGAAUCGCACUAAAGCGCACACUGACGGAUGUAGCUCCUCUCACCAUAAAAAAUCAGCUUGAUGACGCUCUAGCACAGCCUUAUCUGGCUGGAGACAGUCAGAUGAACCAGCUCGUGUCGCCUACGGCCGUUCCUGCCUCGUCCGCACCCGUCUCCUCCGUCCCAAAUGUACAUGGGCAACAUGGUCCUUCGCCACACGGACAUGGGAGUCGCUGGGCUCCUGCUGCCCAAGCCAUUUUCACGACAGAAGCAACUGCGCCGUGGACGAUCACGGCUGCAAACGAUUUGGCAUGUCUAGUGUUCGGAGUGACGCGCGCAGAGGUCCGAAAAUUAGGCAUACUUGAAGUGGUUCGAGAAGAGCGACGCAAAUGGCUUGAAGAGAAACUUCAGGAUCCAUCGCUAGGCUCAAAGGCAUUCAAGGAUUUGCACCCUCAAACUCGGCUGCUUAGCAAGCCAUCAUCUCGCCAAAACCCAACUGGCAGACGGGCACAAACCGACGAUGGGAGCGGCUCCUCCAUGUACGCUCAACGACCAAACGCGAAAGGUGGUCCCAAUCACGAGUCCAAAGGAUCAAGGGGUGUGUUACUGUGUGGCGAUGUGGUGCCCAUACAGAAGCGGAAUGGAGCUACAGGAUCGGCCAGCUUGUGGGUCAAGGAGAAACGCGGCGGUCUCAUCUGGGUGCUCGAGGAGAUUGCCGAAGACGUCGUCUACGUGAAUGUAGAUGAGGUGGGGUGCAUAUCCAAGGGACACGGCGCAAUAGAAGCGGUCUUUGGUAGCGACCGGUUACGCAGGGGCAUGGACAUUAAACGUCUGAUACCUUCCAUCCCUAGACUCGAAGGCACUAACACGGGAGCAUUGGACUACGAGAAGAUACACGCCACUCGAUACUUUACUGCACGUACGUCCAAUAGCAUCAAUAUCCCUGUGACCGUCGAGCCAUUGCCGAAUGAACCAACUUUUCGAGUAUCGAGCUUCCCGCAUAUUGCUGGAAUCGUGGUGCUAUCGUCGGCAGACCUCACCAUUGCUAGUUCCAAUUCAGUCUUCUCUUCCGCUCUCUUUGGCCAAUCACGUCCAGAGGGUCUUCACAUCUGCAAGCUCAUUCCAUGUUUCGACAAGAUACUCAACAUCAUGACCGACGAGGACAAGAUCGAUCUGGUGGAUGGCAUUGUAAUCCCCGAGCAAAGUUUUAGACGUGCACGGGCUCUACUUGCCAUGCGAGAAGGUCGCGGUGGUGACGCCGCAGCCAUUUUCCUCAAACCCAGUGGCCUACCAGCACUUCAUCAUGAUGGCUCGGACAUCAUGGUCGACGUUCAGAUGAGAGUGGUCAAGAGCGAGAAGAAACCACGUUUUGAUGAGAGCGUCAUAGAAGAGGAGGACGGCACGCGUUCGACCCGGGGCCCGGAGCUUGUGUUUGCUCUAUGGAUCACAUACUCGCGACAAUUGCAUGCCACGAACCACGGUAUCGGGCCAGUGACUCCUCUCGUUUCCCGGCCUGGAACACCCCCACAUCAACCAUCGCCAGGGCAGUCGGCUAUGAUCAACCCACCAGAAGCCGAGCUAGACCAACAAAAGGGAGAUGCACCAGUCUCUUUACUGACUCAGCAGAUUCAAGAUUCCACUGCGCCACAGUCUCCAGCAGAACCAAAGGCGAAGCAAUCCCCUGCACCUCAGGACACCGGACCACCAAAGAAAAAGACCAUUUCCGACUUUGUCGUGUUGGAAGACAUGGGCCAAGGCGCAUACGGUCAGGUUAAGCUUUGUCGGUACAAGAAAGAAAGCAGCAAAAAGGUGGUGAUCAAGUAUGUGACAAAGAAGCGCAUUCUGGUGGAUACGUGGACAAGGGAUCGGAAAUUGGGGACUGUGCCAUUGGAGAUCCACGUUCUAGAUUAUCUCCGGAGAGAUGGCUUUAAACACCCCAACAUUGUGGAAAUGUCGGAUUUCUUCGAAGACGACAUCAAUUACUACAUCGAGAUGGUGCCACACGGUCUGCCUGGCAUGGAUCUUUUCGACUACAUCGAACUGCGCGUGAACAUGGAAGAGCAGGAAUGUCGGAAGAUAUUUGUCCAAGUCGCAGAAGCAGUGCAUCAUCUACACACAAAAGCCAAGGUAGUGCAUCGCGACAUCAAGGAUGAGAACGUCAUUUUGGACGGUGAAGGCAACAUCAAACUCAUCGACUUCGGCAGUGCAGCAUACAUCAAGAAUGGGCCUUUUGAUGUUUUUGUGGGCACCAUCGAUUAUGCAGCGCCAGAAGUAUUGGCUGGCGAGUCCUAUCGCGGCAAAGAGCAAGACGUGUGGGCACUGGGCAUUCUUCUUUAUACGAUUGUCUACAAGGAGAAUCCGUUCUAUAGCAUUGACGAAAUCAUGGACCACGACUUGCGCGUUCCCUAUAUUAUGAGCGAAGAAAGCAUCAAACUCAUACGAUUGAUGCUCGACCGGGAUGUGGAGAAGCGUAUUACCAUCUCCCAAGUACUGGACCACCCUUGGUGUCAGAUAGUCGACGGACCACCAGCCGUUGCGUGAUAGAGCGAUGAACGAUUUGGCAUAUAGUAGAUGACCG